AUGUCUACGUCUACACCGAUCCUCACGGGCGAGGGACAACCUCUUCGGUCUGUCUUAAAGCAGGACGAUGACCUGGAUAGGCCGUCUUCCCAGAAUACUACUACAAGUACAAAAGCCGUACAGAUAGCUGAACCUGAACCAAUUCAGGACAAUUUAGAGGAAAUACACCCUAAAAGACAAUAUUCAGCUGGACUUGCGAAACGCUUGAGCGGCCGUCCACCUAUGUUAGACCACAACUCUUCUAGGACUUCACUCCAAAGUCAGAACAGUUUAGAGCCACAGAGUAGCCAUACUAGCAGCCAAUCCCCUCAUCCUAACCUACAAGAUGGUGGUCGUUCGCAUUCUCAUCAUCACCAUCACCAAUUAGAUAGGUUUGUUGCUCAGGUUGCCGAUUGGUUAGAGCAUGAGCGAGUCAAGAAGCAAAAUAGGCGGUCGCGGAGGGUUCAUUCGAGUAGGCGGAAACAUGCCAAAGAUGAUGCUGACAAAACCGAUACGCAGCAGCCGCCCGAGAGAGCCAGGGCGUACUCUAUUGAUUCCCAAUCCAGUGACACAUCUUUUGAAAGGCUGCAAAAGAUUGUUGACGAUGGCAUGAGUGCUUUGGGUCUCAAUGGGAUCCCGCACUAUAGCCCAAAGUUUGGGAAGAAGUUGUCACGGAAAAGAUCCAUCACUAUGCACCGAACGAUUUCAUCUGACACAGAGUACCAUGACGGCGAUAUUUUGGUUCCGGCAUGUGACGCAGUUCUCGAUAAUUCCAAAACAUUGGGCUAUUCUGGGGGCAAACCUUCUUCCACGGAUGACAUUUCUUCUUCGAGCAAGAAAGAAGAGAAGGAGCGGAGAGCUUGGAUCACCUUCAAGAACGAAAUCAUCAAGCUAGCUCAUACCCUAAGGCUCAAGGGCUGGAGGCGUGUUCCUCUGGAUAGUGGAGAGAGUAUCGAUGUGACGCGCCUUAGUGGAGCUUUGACAAAUGCCGUCUAUGUUGUUUCUCCGCCAGAUAACAUAACGACGAUAGGCGAAGGAUAUAAGAAAAACCCCGCGAAACUAUUAUUGAGAAUUUAUGGUCCCCAAGCCGAUCAGAUCAUUGACAGGGAGAACGAAUUGAAUGUGCUGAGAAGGCUCGCGAAGAAGAAAAUUGGGCCUCGUUUGUUGGGGACAUUUACUAACGGCCGGUUCGAGCAAUACCUCAAUGCCGUCACUCUUACAGCAGACGAUAUCAGAGAUCCAGACACGUCGAAGAAAAUUGCUAAGAGAAUGAGAGAGUUACAUGAUGGAAUAGAACUCCUAGAUAGAGAAAGAGAUGGCGGGCCUAUGGUUCUGAAAAACUGGGAUACUUGGCUCAAUAGAACUUCACGUGUGAUCACCUACUUGGAUCGAAAAAUCCUCUCCGGUAACCCUGGUCCCGUCAGGAGUCCAGCAGAUACGUGGAAGCUGCGAGGUCUCGUCUGUGGAGUUGAGUGGGCGGUAUUUAAGGAACUAGUGGACAAGUAUCGGAGAUUCUUGGUCGAUUAUUAUGGCGGCUCCCGUGCUAUACGAGAGAGUCUGGUGUUCGCACAUAGUGAUACUCAAUAUGGAAAUAUCUUACGCAUCCGGCCCGACGAUAAGAUGUCACCUUUGCUUCAACCUAAUUAUGAACACAAGCAGCUCGUAGUCAUAGACUUUGAGUACUCGGCUGCCAACACGAGGGGUUUAGAGUUUGCAAACCACUUCACGGAAUGGUGUUACAAUUAUCACAACGAGGAUGCCUCUUACGCGUGCGACACGACGAUGUAUCCCACGCCGGGAGAGCAGCGUCGUUUCAUCCGGGCGUAUGUCAACCACCGGCCCGAAUUUCCACAUCCGGGUGCUUCGACGCCGAACCUGACGCCCCUAGCGACUCCGACUUUACAGCCCAGUACGCCCGGCCUAGUAGCUACGAGUCUUGGCUCCACAAGCUCGAUCCGGGAGUUCAUGCUGGACUCACGUGCGCCACCGGGCGGCUGGAAAGAAGAGGAUCGCCGCCGCGAAGAGCAGGCCGACACCCAAGUCGACGCAUUGGUGGAAGAGACGCGUAUCUGGCGCGUCGCAAACAGCGCCCACUGGGUGGCUUGGGGCAUCAUGCAGGCCAAGAUACCCGGGUUCGACGAGAACGCUACAGAUGACGUAGAAGGAGCCGUACAGUCGACAGCUGUGGCAGCACCGGAGGAGGAAGUAGGCGAUGCGGCUGAAUUCGAUUACCUUGCGUACGCACAAGACCGCGCCAUGUUUUUCCUUGGGGACUGCAUCAAGAUGGGCUUGAUCACAGAAGAGGAUCUACCCCAGGAGGUGAGAGCGAAGAUCAAGUACGUGGAUUCCGAAGAACUGUUUGUUGGUGGUGCGAUGGGGAAGAGGUAG